ACAAGUCAGUCAUUCCAUCACAUUCAUCCAUCCAUCAUCUCUCUUCAGGACUCCCUUCACCAUCCCUAUACUCAACCAUAUUGAACACAAUGAAGACCCGGAAAGCACGAGAGUCAAAAUGUCACUCUGUCAGUAGGAUCACGGCUGGUGUUCUGCUUUCAGUCCUUGCUCUAUCCUCAUCAGCAUCCGCCGCCACCGCCCCCGCCAUCGAUCCAUGGUAUCCUGUUCCGGCACCCAGAGAGCCGGAUUCUCACGAUUUUACAUUAAGACACAUAUUCCAUCGAGGAACCUACCAAGAUCCCCAUUUACACAAGAGACUCGACUUAAAGCCCACCGAUGACCUUCUUCUCUCCGCCCAAGACGACUCAUCUCCUCCCACUGUUGAACCACCCCCACGUCUAUCCGCAAAAUCACAUUCAAUAGAGAUCGAACGACUCGUCGACAGGGACCCAGAAGCCAUUGAGAAUCAUUUACAACAUGCCCGCUAUUUUGGCAGACCUGCCGUGCUUGACGCCUCAGCAUGGACGUUGGACGAGAUCAAAGGGCCCAACAUUUCAGACAAAGACACUGUUGUUAAUUUAGCCAUAAUGGCCGCCAACGCAUACGCCGAUGUUCCCGGCAAAGGUGAUUGGCAGGAUGUCUCUCAAGGCUACAAUCGAUCUGCAAGUUUUGGUUGGCAAGGAGAUGGUUUGCGUGGAUAUAUCUUUGCCGACCAGGCCAACAACACUGUCAUCAUCAGCCUGAAGGGCACCUCCCCAGCAGUUUUUGAUGGGGACGGCACAACCACAAAGGACAAACUCAAUGACAACUUGUUCUUCAGCUGUUGUUGUGCCCAGGGCGGUCAGUACUUUUGGCGCCAGGUCUGCGAUUGUUACUCUUCCACAUACACAUGCAACCAGACAUGCCUCAUCAAGGCUUUGCGAAAUGAAAACAGAUACUACCGGGCGGCCAUUGAUCUCUACACCAACGUUACGGAGAUCUACGCCGACUCCAACGUUUGGCUUGUUGGCCACUCAUUGGGUGGUGCAGUCACUAGCCUCCUAGGUCUCACCUUUGGAAUUCCCACCGUCACCUUCGAAGCUCCAGGAGAAGACCUUGCUGCCAAACGCCUCGGCUUACCCGCUCCUCCGUCGGCCGACCCACAUAAACCACGGACCAGAUACACUGGUGCCUAUCACAUUGGCCAUACUGCUGAUCCUGUCUUCAUGGGAACAUGUAAUGGUGCUACAGCAACAUGCACCCUGGGUGGGUACGCCAUGGAGUCGCAAUGCCACACUGGCAAGCAAUGUGUCUAUGACACGGUCAAUGAUUAUGGCUGGCGUGUGGGAAUUGGAAAUCACAAAAUCCUCAAUGUGAUUGAGAACGUCUUGAAAAAAUACGACACAGUGCCGCAAUGUACAGUCGACGAUGAAUGUAUCGAUUGUUUCAAUUGGAAGUAUUUCGAAAGCAAUGGAUCGGACUCGACCACGACGACAACCACCACGUCAUCCAUGACAAGAACGAGAACGACCACCUGCAAGACCCCUGGUUGGUGGGGUUGUCUCGACGAGACCACCACCUCUUCUAUUCCAGUGGUCACCACCACCUACACAACCACCUCUUGUGCCACGCCAGGCUGGUUCGGUUGUAACGAAGAAGUCAAUGUCACCGUCACCACCACAACAGCUGCCCCUACAUCGGACAUUCCCACGACCACGGUUCACGGCUCCAGCCCACUUCACCCACCAUCGUCCACGUCAACCUGCCAGCAUCCAGGAUGGUUUGGCUGUCGCGAUCCAACCGCCAGUCAUCCUACUCCAACUCCGUCUCCAACUCAGUCGCACACCAAAGCGUCCAUGACCUCAGAGCCAUACACAUGUGAAACUCCGGGACUUUUCUUCGGCUGUCGCGAUCGAAAGCACCCAAGUUCAUCUAAUGGAGGCCCAAUCGGUUCCAAGAGUGCAUCUAUCACAACAGUGCCUCGACCGACGCAGAGUGCAAGCCUGAGUGAGGCCACCUCGUCUGUCUCGACCACAAAGUCACACCACGGUGGGAAGAAGUAUAAAAAAUGCAAACACCCUGCCUUCUUUGGCUUGAUCUGUCUGGACGAGUAUGAGGCUUAUGUGCCAGAGCUAUAAACUUGGCAGGACGAGCUGGUACGGCGUCAGAAUGAAUAUAUGAGCAGGUGGACUUGUACUUAUGGGCAGGACAAGACCACUAAGGGUCCAUGACAUGACAUGACAUGGCACUGGGGUUUAUACAUGUAGCAUUGGCGCGGGGCGAUUUGAUAUGGUUGAGUUUGGUUUUGUUGUUUCUGCUUGAUUGGCAUGGAACGACGUAUAUAUUCAGUGAUGGCCAUGACAUUUACAUGUUGAGCAAUCGACUUUUGCCUGUAUGAGACUACACUUCUCAUGCAUUACAUCAAAUUGACAGAUACAUAAGAAUCAUGGUCUGAACAAGAAUGAACCGAAG